AUGGAAAAGAAAUUGCAAAAAAAGUUUAGAGCUCUUUCAUUCAUUCAGUCUGCUAUCUUUGAGGAUAUUUUCAACAGAAUCAUGGAAUGUGAAACAGCUAAGGCAACUUGGACAAAGCUACAUGAAGAAUAUGUUGGGACCUCUAGAACAAGGCAUAUGCAGGCACAGAACUUGAGAAGGUACUUUGACAUGAUGCGAAUGAAGGAAAGUCAGUCUUUAAAAGAAUAUAUAGACCAAAUUCUUAAGCUUGCUAACCUAAUAAAGUUGUUUGGUGAAGAGCUUAAAGAAGUUCGAGUAGCUAAGAAGAUUAUCAACAAUGUACCAAGGAAGUUUGAACCUACAAUAGCAUCCCUAUUACAAUCAAAGGACCUGUCUGACAUUUCAAUUACAAAAAUUGUCAAUGCCUUGCAAGCUGCAGAACUGAGAAUAUCAGCAAGAGAUGAAGCUUUUGGGGAGAAAGCCUUUCUUGCUAAAGGAAAAGGCAAAGCCAAAGCUGAGGCUUUUACCAAGAAAAAUUACAAAGACAAAAAUAAGAAGAUUACUCAAUCUGGUCAAUCCUCAAACAAGAAAAAUAAGUUCAAGCCAUGUUCCUACUGCAAGAAAAGGAAUCAUAUUGAUGAUUACUACUGGUUUAGGCCAGAUGCAAAAUGUAAAAUAUGUAGUCAAUUAGGACACACUGAUAAAUUAUGCAAGAACAGAACAAUUGAAGAUAAACCUGCACAAACAAAUGAAAGCUCAGAAUUAGCUGAAGAAGUGUUGUUCAUGGCUCAGUCAGAUUUUGCAAGUGACUUUGGUAACUGUGAAUGGCUCCUUGAUAGUGGCAGCUCACGGCAUAUUGUACUUUUUGAAGCUAUGUUUGUUGAUCUUGAUAAGAACCAUUGA